UAUAAAUUGUUGAUAGAACUUGAAAUAAUGCGUAAUUUAUGUCACAUACACGUGCUUGACUUGUAGAUAUGUAUUGCGCAUUGUCAACAACUCUACUCUCUUAUUUGAGUGUCAGAUUUCUGAUGCUUGAUCGCUUGACAGUCUACUGGAGCUCAAAGUAACCGCGAUUUGUGAACGAUAAAUUCCGCGAAAUUUGUUUCUCGUGUAUCACGGAGAUAUCAUAAACGUAUCUCCUUACAAUCGACCACCUAUUCGCAAUUGGAAAUUGUGAAUCAUUAGUAUCAGUAAUUAACUAUCAUUUUAAAUACAAAAACUCAUAAAAUGUUCAAUGAAUCGUUUUUCUCCGAACACAUAAAUUGAAUGAUAACAUUGCAAUAUGUCAUUUGUAAAAUGUUACUUCUAGUAAACCAAUUAUAAUAUAGUCUAACUCCAGGUCAUUAGCAUCAUCAGUUGAAAAUGGUGGAUAAUAAAUUGUUUCUAAAUAGUUUUUUUUUUGUUAGUCUAUCUUUCAUCUUAGUAAAUAUCUAUACUUAUUCCAAUAUUUUCAAAACAUAGUGCUAUAGUUUAGUACUGAAACGAAACUGUUUGAAUAUAAUCACAGUUAACUUGUAUUCUUCAGCUGAAAGUUAGAUUGGUUCCUACAAGCUAAAAUGGUUGUUAUUUCCUACAGUGCAAUUUGGAGAAUUUUCGUAGAUGAAUUGCGAUGAAAGGCUAUAACCUCAUUGAAAGCCGUAGGAAAUGAGCUGGUAUUUGGGAACUUGCUUUCUAGUUCUUUUAUAAUUGCUGGUCACUUCCACAAAUAGCUCACCCUGGCUUUUAAAAUUUUAGAGUACAUCAUUCCAGUCAAUGAUGAAAUUAGUUGAUAGUUAUCAAGCGAUUUUGUAGGUUUUAAUUGAUAAAUAAGACUCGAAAUAAAGCUUCAAUAAAAAGGAAAAUUCGAGUUUAUAAGACAAAUUUUUAUGUCGAUUAUUAUCGAUAAAAAAGACAAGAAAGAUAGUGAAUUAAUACUAAAAUACAGAAGAUAAAUUAAACAAAGAAGAAUAUUAAAGUGAAUCGAAGUUUCAAGUGUCAAAGACUAUUUAAUAUUUGUAAAUAUUAUAAUUUAAAAGAUUUAAAAGCUCAAAGUAAUUUUACUGACACUAUUAUUGACGAAAUAUUUAACGGAAUUAGAAAACUGAAAGUUAGAUUUAGUAAGAAUAUAAGCAGUGUUGCUAACGGCUGUGAAAAAAACUAUAACUCCAGAAGUAAACGAUUGACUUCGUGCAAUGCCGAGAUGUUGCAAUGAGAGUAAAACAGUGAGUCCGGUGAGCACAGGAAGAAAGGAUAACGUCGACGAUAUUUUAUUGACCUCAAGUCGAGCAUUUUCUAUUGGUACUAAUAAUUCACUUGAUUUUGACGACGAUAAUCACCCGAUCGUCGAAAAAUCUCAUAGGAGAUUACGUUGCGAUCUCAGUCCAGUGCCUACUAAUUCAAACAGCAGUUUGAAUAUUAAACUACUUAGUUUAAGGGCUGAACGUGGACAUCGACAAGAACACCAGGUGAGCACAAGUGUCGGAGGGUUUAAAGGACGAGAUAAGGAUAUAAAAAAGAGAGCAGCUAUAGGCAACGUAGUGCGAGGAUUCUUCCCAUCUGGCCACUCCAGUCAGGACAGGUAUGAGACAAGUAGACAGCGUUCGUCAGGCGGAGCUGGAGGUGUUGGCCUGUCCGGGCUGUGUCCGAAACUGGUGGCCGGUGGAGGCGGAAGUAGCCAAGGUGGAGUUGGCCUUGGAGUGGGUCAUUUAGCCUCACAAGAAAGUGUAGGAUCUUGUGUUGGUGGUGGUGGUGUUGUAACGUCUCAGAGGGCUCAUAAUAGUCGUCGUCAACGUAAACUGUCGAUUAUUAGUCAGUCAGGAUCAGGAGCUAGCAGUAAAUCUUCCUCAACUCGUUCGUCAUCGAGUAUCAGUAAGAAGCAAACGAGAAAUCAAACAGAUCUUUCUGCUGAUUCGAUAACGAGUAAUGGAGUUGUUUCGUCAUCACCAUCAUCGAGGAAAAAAAAUCACUCUAGCAUUCCUGAUGGAUCUUCUUCAUCGCAAAAUAUAUGCUUAAUCACUGGCGAUCAUAGCAGUGAUGCUGCUUACAGCGAUGCUGAAGAAAUCAUCGAGCAAACAAUGUCAAGGAUACCUGGGAUAAACUCGACACCUUCCACGCCAAUAGGCAAAAUGAAAUCUAGAAAAAUAAUUGAUGAGGAUAAGACUGUUGAUAGUUCACUAGUCGAGACUGAGACGCAAGGCACUGAUGAUAAUGCCUCGAGAAAAUUAAAUGAUAUGCAAGACACGCAGGAGAGCUCUAAAUCGAUUACACCUGUAAGAAAAAUAUCUUUAAAAAGUACUGAUGGAGAGAGCUCAAGUCAGUCAAAGAGGAGAUCGUUAAUACACUCCUCAAGUCAUCCGAGGUCGAUGGAUAACGUCGAUAAACAGUCAUUAAGUGGAACUAAAUCGGAUGAACGAUUGAGAAAAAUUUCAAAAGACUCAUUGGACUCUAGUGAUAAGAAAAAAACUUCGGGAGAAUCUGUUUCCCAAAUACCUAAGAGAAAAAUAUCUUCAGAAUCUACAGAAAGUGGAGACUCUGUUGGGAGAAAAAGUUCUCCACGAACAGUUACUGAUGAUGAACAACAAAAAACAAGUGUUAGUGAUAAUGAAAAUUCUAAAGUGGAAAGGGUGAAAAGUACGAGAUUUUUAACUUCUACAGUUACAGAAGAAGUUACAAUGCCUGAAAAUAAGGAACAGGAUGUGAGACCUGCUGGUGCGGUAGAGGAUGAAGUUACGAUAUAUGAGGAUGACAAUGAUACGAGCAUUAGUGAUAUAGUUGCCGCUCAAGCACUUCGAGAAUCGUUAAGUAAGCUAGGAAAGGUACAACCAUUGAAUACAGAACAAGAAAACGUUGAACCUGCUGAUGAGAACAAAGAAGAGACUGAGAGAAAGCCUGAAGAGGCAGAAACUAAAGACCCAGUACAGGAAGAAACGGUUGAAGGUUUUAUUGGACCACUUUUAGAUGAAAAUUUCAAGGCUGAUGAAAAAUUGGAAAAACAAAAAACGAUGGCUAUGGAGGACGUAAGAAACUUAUUGAUGAAAGUCAAGGUGCAGACUAUAGAACAAGAUGAUGAUGAAGAAAAGGCUAUUGGGAUUUCACCUGAUGAACGGUUCCUCAAAUUUGAAGAAGAAAUUGGACGUGGUAGUUUUAAAACAGUUUAUCGUGGUCUUGAUACUCAAACUGGAGUCGCUGUAGCUUGGUGCGAACUCCAAGAAAAAAAAUUAAAUAAAACUGAAAGAUUGAGAUUUCGAGAGGAAGCAGAGAUGCUUAAAGGUCUUCAACAUCCAAAUAUUGUAAGGUUUUAUGACUAUUGGGAAGUUACGCUUACAAGACGGAAAUAUAUUGUUCUUGUCACUGAACUUAUGACAUCAGGAACAUUAAAAACAUACUUGAGACGAUUCAAAAAAAUUAAUCCAAAGGUUGUUAAAUCUUGGUGUCGACAGAUCUUGAAAGGUCUAAGUUUCUUACAUUCGCGGUCUCCACCCAUUAUACAUAGAGACUUGAAGUGUGAUAAUAUUUUUAUUACUGGCACUACCGGAAGUGUUAAAAUUGGUGAUCUUGGCCUAGCAACCUUGAAAAACCGUAGUUUUGCUAAGAGUGUAAUUGGUACGCCAGAGUUUAUGGCACCGGAAAUGUAUGAAGAACAUUAUGAUGAAUCUGUCGAUGUUUAUGCAUUUGGAAUGUGUAUGCUUGAAAUGGCUACGAGUGAAUAUCCAUACUCAGAGUGCACUGGACCGGCACAAAUUUAUAAACGAGUUGUAUCAGGUGUUAAACCGUUAAGUUAUGAUAAAGUGGAAAAUCCAGAAGUACGUGAGAUUAUAGAGAUGUGUAUACGUUUAAAGAAAGACGAAAGACCUUUAGUAAAGGAUUUAUUGAAUCAUGAAUUUUUUGCGGAUGAUAUAGGUUUAAAAUUGGAAAUGGUAUCACGUGAUAGUGCAGUUGCUGAUGCCGAUUUAUCGCGAGUGGAGUUUAGAUUACGCGUUCUUGACCCGAAGAAGCGUACACAUAAACAUAAAGAAAAUGAAGCGAUUCAGUUUGACUUUGACAUACAACAUGACAAUGCUGAGGAGGUUGCCACAGAGAUGGCAAAAUCAAGUUUAAUUCUUGAAGAAGACGUAAAAGCAGUGACUAAAAUGUUGAAAUCACAAAUAGCAUUAUUGUUACGAGAUCGAGAAGAGCGAAGAGUUAAGGAGGAGAAAGAACGACUGGAUAGAGAAGCUGAUUCUGCAGCAGAAAGUUUAUUGCAACAACAACAGCAACAGUUAUUAAUACAGCAGGCUCAAAUACAGCAGCAACAGCAACAAAUUCAACAACAAAACUUAAACUUGCAGAUGCAAGGGCAAGUACCGUUGCAACAACCCAUGCCAAUGCAACAGCAGCAAAUGACAAUGCAGCAACAACAACAGCAGCCACAGAUGCAACAACAACCUCAACAGAUUAUGCAGAAUCAACAGCAACAACAACCUCAACAGAUUCUGCAGAAUCAACAGCAACAACAGCCAUGCUUGCAGCCGCAACAGGUUCAAAUAAUUCAGCAACAACCCAUGAUGCAGCAACAACAAACUUCUGUCGUUCAGCCUCAACAAGCUCAACAGAUUCCCCAAGUCUCUCAAAAUACUCAACAAGUCCAGUAUCAACAACCAUCUCAGCAGCAAUCGUAUCAACAAAUUCAACAUCCCCAACAGCAGACGUAUCAACCACAAGUUCAAUCACAACCUCCCCAAUAUUCGCAACAUAUAGCGCAAACUUUAAGUGCCAAUUCUUCACAAUGCUCGACUCCUCAGGCUAUUCAAGGUCCACCACAGUUUCCUCAGAUACCUCAACAUAUGUCUCAACAACAAGUUCAGACACAAUCAGUUCAAAUUCAACAGCAGCAAGUGCAACAACCUCAGAUGCAACCACAGAUGCAGCAAACACAAAUUCCACAACAACAUGCCCAAAUACAAACUCAAAUUCAACAAUCGUCUCCUCAGAUGCAAUCUCAAAUUCAACAACAGCCACAGAUUCAACAUCAACAACAAAUUCAACAACCACAGAUCCAACAACAACAAAUUCAACAACCACAGAUCCAACAACAACAAAUUCAACAACAACCACAGAUACAGCAACAACAGAUUCAACAACAGCAACAAAUUCAACAACAACCACAAAUACAGCAACAGAUUCAGCAGCAGCAACAAAUUCAACAACAACCACAGAUACAGCAACAACAGCAACAAAUUCAACAAACUCAAAUGCAGCAGCAACCACAGAUUCAACAAACUCCAAUGCAGCAACAAUCACAAAUACAACAGCAACAAAUUCAACAAUCGCCCCAAAUUCAACAGCAACAACAAAUUCAACAACAGCAACAGUCACAAAUUCAACCACAACCACAGAUUCAACAACAUACUCAGAUGCAACCUCAAGCUCAGCAACAACAGAUACAACAACAACCGGCUCAAAUGUCGACACAAAUUCAACAACAGCCAUCACAAAUGCUGCAACAACCUCAGCAACCGCAGCAAUACAUUCAGUUGAAUCAGAUGCAGGUACCACAACAAAUGUCAUUACCUAAUCAAGUGCAACAAAUGCAACCAUCCAUGCAAAUGAACCAACCACAACAACAGGUUAUUCAACAGGGCCAAACGCACAUCCAGUAUGCUCAAGCUCAGAUGCAGCAGCAAUUACAGCAAAUGCAUCAAAAUACGUUGAAUCAACCAAUGCAAAUGCAACAAAAUGUUCAACAAUAUUAUCAACAAGGAACUGCAAAUGCAUCAUUUACAAAUGCUACGUUAUAUCAGCAAAAUAUUCAACAGCAAGUCUAUCAUGCUUAUCCUACUAAUUCAAGUGCACCGGGGAGUGUUGAAAUCUUGAAUCAAGGACAUAAUCAAGCAAUUUACUCGCAUGCUAAUGUCGUGGCUCCAACAUCACAAGCCUAUGUAUCAGCUCAAGGCCAACCUCAAGUGUCUAUUCAGUCAGCUGUGAAUCUUCAAGCGGCAUCAGCCAUUCAAAAUGUUCAACAUAUACAGACUGCACCUUGUAAUAAUGUUCAGAAUACGCAAACUUUGCAUACUCAACAACAUAUGAUGGCACAGAUGCAGUAUAUUCAUAAUGUGAAUAAUAUUCCUGUCAGUAUGAACAUUAUUCAAGGCACGAAUGUUAUCAGUCAAACAAAUAAUAUUCAACAGCAACCAGAAAUGGUCAAUGCCAUUGCCAUGGAAUCUGUGAAUAAUAUUGACAGAAAUGCUUUAAUGAAACAAGAUACAGUUGAAUCUUUUACAAUGACUUCUGAUUUAUCAGCCAGUCUUCAACAAGAGCUAUCAAUAACACCACAGGCUGUUGGAUCUUCAUGUACUCCAAGCUCUAAUGAUGGAGUGACAUCGGAAAAUUCUGAAGGAGUUCCAGUACCGGAAAAAAGCCGAGUUAAAAGGUCAGGAACUAAACGUAGGAAGCCUGGAAUUAAAUUAACAGUUUUAUCAGUUACUAAUCGUGAUGAUCAAUCCAUGACUGUCGAGUGUCAAUUAGACACCAGCAAACAGAAGACUGUGACCUUUAAAUUCGAUCGAAAUGACAUGGUUCCCCAAGAUAUUGCUAAUAAUCUUGUGGCAGAAAAUCUUUUACCACAGUCUCAAUGUGCUACUUUCGUGGAAUUGAUCGAAGAUAUCGUGAAACAACUGAAACUGGAUCCAACUCGUAGCCUUCCUCUAGUCGCUCAUGGUCCAGCUGAUCAAUCAGCUGGCGGGAGUCCUGUCACAAGUCGUAGACCAAGAAAUCGUGAUCACAGUCUCGAUGCAUCUAAGCAGGUGAGACACGGCUCGCUAACUCGUCAAAGCAGCCAUCGAUCUUCCUACAAAGCCCAUCGUAGGCAUCGCUCGAGAGACGAAACAUCGAAUGCGUCUGCAACAUCAAAGCUACUUCCGAUAGAUCAAAUAAUAAACCAAAUAGCUACGACGCCUACGGAAAAUAAAAUUGCACAAAAUAACCAAUCAUUGGAGAGUCAAACAACAGCGGAAAAUAGUAUAUCUGACGAAAUAUCCCGAAGAUCAUCAACGUCAACACAAAACACUGAUACUCUAACACCAGUAAAUGUUUUGAAUGAUUUAAAUGACAAUUCUGAGAGUGUUGCAUCCGAAGAUACUCUUCUAGAAUCUAAUAAUACAAGUCUUGAUGAUUCAGCAGAAAACACAAUCAAGUUAAAUUCUGUAGAUUCUGUGAAUAUUCAGCAAGACAGCAAUUUUAUUAAUCAUAAAGUAGAAGACGAUUCUACUGAAAUAUCUUGCGCAACUCGACCACAAGAAUCUAUUGAAUCUCAAGGAGGAAGUAAAGAAUCACAAGAAAAUUAUACUGAAACAUCAAAACCAAAGGUUGUUCCAACUAGAAAAAUUUCUCGUUUCCUAGUGAGUCCUGUGGUUGAACAAAAAUCGAUUACUGGUGAAACUGAAACAAUUUCCGUCACUGUUCCACCGGAUAAUACGUCUUUGAUGCCACCACAGCAAAUUCCUGCACAGAUUUUAGACUUAAAUGCGCCCAAGUAUGAAACAGUAGUGCGAGAGUCAAGUAUUUCUGCUAACAAUGUUGAAGUUAUGCAUCAGGAACAAAUUCAAACAUCAAAUCAACAGUUCCAGGCUCAACCUCAAGGAAUGCAAAAUGUUAAUGCAAUGCAAAUAAAUAUGCAAAAUCAACAAAUGAUUAAUCAAUUGCCACCAGCAUCAUUAAUUACACAAACUAAACAAGAAACUGUAGUUGUUGUCCAAACAUCUAAUCUUGUUCAACCAUCUAACCAACAGAUGAAUCAAAAUUUCCAAUUUCAACAAAAUGCUGGAGUUCAACAACAAGAAGUACAAUCUAUGGCACAAUACCAGGCUCAAGUAACUCUUCAGAAACAAUCGAUUAUUCAACAACAACAUCAACAACAAAUUGGUGUUCAGCAACAAAAUAUAAUUCAACAACAUAUCCAACAUGAUCAGAUUGCUAUGGGCCAGACAACUAAUCAGGUUCAACAGCAGUACAUUCAACAAUCUCCUUCUCAAUCACAGCAGAUGCAAAAACAACAACAACAACAACAGCAGCAGCAGCAGCAGCAACAACAGCAACAGCAACAACAACAGACGCCUUCUCAUCCUUAUGUUAUCAUCCAACCUUUAUCUCAAACUCAACAAAAUAAUAUUGAUGAUUGGCUGAGAAGAGCAUCUAGUGUGUCAACUGAUUCUCAAGUGUCUGAAAUUUCUAAUCCACCUCAAAUAAAUUAUAUUCAAACUGAUCAGAUGCAACAAACACCUUCAGAACAUCAACAUCAAAAUGUUGUUCACCAAAAUAUUAAUACGCCGCCUGUGAUGUCUGUUCAGUUACCUCCACCACCUGUUGAGGUCACUCCAAAAAUUAAAACAAAGGAAGUCUCUUCAACUUUACCUGAUUUAGCUCAAAAUCUUGCAAAUAUUCUUUCGAAUCCGAAAUCUAAAUCAAAUACUCCACAUGCUAUUAUUUCUCAUGAUCAAUCAUCUUCUGUUACUAAUCAACAACAAACCAUGCCGGUGCUUCAUUCAGAACAGUAUUUCCAACCAAUUCAACCAGAAGCUCCUCAAAUACAAUCGACCAAUUUUGUCCAGCCUCAAAAUUAUCCUGGACAACAGCAAAUGAUUUCUCAAGUACAAAAUCAGGCAGAAAUUCAACAACAAUUUUAUCAUACUCAUCAACAACCACAGCAACAACAACAACAGACUGGUAAUAUUCAAGUUCAACAAUCUCUUCUCCAACCUGUUCAGCAUAUGGGACAACAAAUAGAUUCCCAAGGACAAAUAAUUUCUCAGACUAUUCAAGGACACGUCCAAAAUGUCGCUGUUCAAAGUCAGUGGUCUAUGCCUACAUAUUCUAAUCAGAAUAUUAAUCAACAAUCUGUGUCUGUUCAGUGUGUUCAACCAAUGCAAAAUAUUCCUCAGACUGUAUCUCAACAAUCUCAAGUCCAGGAGCAAGUAGACAGUCAAGGAUCUAUUGAUCAACAAUAUCUACAACAACAGCUCCAACAGCAACAACAAACUUCUAAGCAUUUAGAGACUGAAAGUACUAUCGAUGGGAGUGUAAGCAGGAGGACUAGUUCGGAUUAUCAAACAAUAUCAGAAUAUGAAAAUUCCAGCCAUGAAAUCACUCCGGAGCAUACUAUUGUGGAGUCAAAUGAUCCUGUGAUGUCUGCACACCAUCAAUUAAUACAACAGCAUCAUAAACUCAGUCAGCAAAAUUCAUUAGACAAACCUACAGAAAUUGUAGGGACCAGUUGUGGACCUCAGACAAUUGCUGAUCUGCAUCAGAAGCUUGUUCAACUUACCAGCCAGCCUUCUGAACCGAUUAAUAUUGGUACUCCUCCCAUCAGCCAUCCAGCAACGCCUCAUGGACCUUCUAGUAAUAUGGGGCAUGACAUUUCCGGCCAUUCUCUCCAGCAAAAAAUAGUCAAUGCGUCAAUAACUUCCGUCCAAUCGCUCGGAUAUCUUUCUCCUCAGACAACAGUUCACCCACCUGGAACUAUUUAUGUUGAUCCCAAUGUUUUUGACAGUAAUUCAAGUGAACAACUACAACACCCAAUUCAACUUAAUGCAGAAAAUACUCUUGAUAGUCCUACGCCAGUUGUUCUAACAGGAACGGAAACAAUGAGCCCCAGCAAAGAAAAUGUCAAAUCUCGCACUCAAAGACCUGGAUCGAGACUUCAAGAAUUAGAGCACGAGUUAGCUAAAAUUCAUCAACGAAUACCAGUUUUCCCUACAUCGUCUCCACAACCGCUAACGCCACCAAUGCCAUCACAAGUGACGCAACCAACGACUACUCAUCAACUUCCAGUACAUUCGACUCCUCAAACACUUUUAACUCCAGUUGGAAUUCCUACUGGGUCAAAUACCCCAAUUAAUUUAAUGAAUAAUUCUGGUACUGAAACACCUGUGCCAACUGAACAAGAUGAAGCAAGGACUCCUUCACAACCGGUGAGAAAAAUUUCUCGAUUUAUGGUUUCUAAAGUAACAGGACCACCUGGUAAUGACGUUUCGGUACAGAAUCAACAAGUUGAGCAGCAAAAACAAAUGCAAGUCCAAGAUGAUGGCCGAGGAGAUCGUGUUAGCCAUGUUAAUCAUCAUCCGGAUGAAUUUCAGAAUCCACCAGCGCAAGUAUCACUCAAUCGAGAGAAUUCUUUGCCACCGGUUUCAUCUUCUGUGGUAGGAUUAUCUGUAAACGAAAUUGAAAAAGAGGAGCGGAUACAAACAUUGACACCAAGCGAAGAGUAUCAGUUGUUGAUUAAAAGACAAACAAUGGAGUUAGAAACAUUACAAAAAAGACAUAGGGAAGAAUUAGAGCGUUUCCAACAGCAUCAGUUGCAGCUGUUAAUACAACAACAACAGCAAGCAAGUGCUUUGCACCAACAUCAGCACCAUCCUUUGCUUUAUCAUACUGUAGCAUCGACUGUUACAGGUAAACAUUAUAUCUUGCAUAGUAAAGGACCAUCACGACCUCUGGCCGUAGAGGAUUACCUGAUGUUCAGUACAGCCCCGCAAACAUCUUUCCGUCGAAUAUCAAAUUAUUCACCAGAUACUGAAGAAACUUUACGUCUGGCAACACAAAAGUUGAAGCAAGCUCCUCAGCAGUCAACAAGUAUUCCUCAUGCCUACGUCAUCCCAAUUCCAGUAAUGCCGCCAGCGGAAAAUGUUCAAAAUGUUUCUAGUUACUCUUUGGAAGGUGCAGAAGUGAUUGGAUCCACAAAUGGACCAACUACAGUUACAAGUCAUCCUCAAUACCAAUUUACACCGAUUCUUUCUGAUGGCACAAGUAUAGCACCUGCAUCUGGUGGAUCUUUAGUAGCAUCAACACCAAUUCCAGCAGCUGGUGGUGCUACUGGUUAUGUUCAUUACCAUGAUGCAGCAGCCUUAGCCAACUUCCAGGCAUUUAGCUAUACACCUCAUGGUGGAUUCUUUCUUCCUGCUGGCUACCGUCUCGUUUAUGCACCAACUGGGACACCACAAUCUCAACCAGCCACUCCUGCUACACCUCACGUGGGUAAUUCCCAUGAUGGUACUCCUCCUGGUGAACCUCAACAUGAUCAUCCACAAUCCAGCACUUCCCAAUUAGAGCAGUAACACUUUUUAUCUAUCAAAGUCGAGUGAUUUGUCAUUAUUUAUUAGUGGAUCCUUUUAUUUGUGAUAUAUGUCCAAUAGUUUAUCGUUAUAAUACUGAUUUCUGAUCUUUUAAUUCUCAUUAGAAAGUAAUAAAAAUAAGAAAAAAAUACAUUUUAAAACUUGUAUUAUAACGAAGGACUGUUGAAUUUAUAUAUACAUAUAUAUUUUUAAUGAAUUCUGCCUAUAAGGAGACAUUAUCUAGUGAUGUUUAUGGAUAAUAUUUGUCCGUCAAUGAUUUUAUUUGUUUCGAUAUCAAUGUAUUCCUCAACGUGCCAGAAACGCUUGCUGCUUGUCGCGGUGCUGGCCGCACGCGUGCGUUUAAUAACAAAUAGAGUAAAUUAAGCAAGGUUUAAGGAAAAUAUAUUAAUAUUGGCUCGUAUACGUUUGCCAACAUUUUGGCGUCUACGUAAUUGUGAGCAAAUUGACGUAAGAAAUAAGCAGAAGUAAAAUGACAAAAAAUAGAAAAAAAGUGAAAAACAACUUUACACAUUUUACAAUGCUUCUUUUAGGUUGAGCAAUACUAAUGCUCGAUAUUUGUGCAGGCCUCAGCUAGUCUUUAUGAUUGAAUUAUGGCAAAAGGCCAUUUCAACUCGAUAUUUAUUUAUAAACUGUUAAUGAAUAUCGGGAACGUCUGAACGAUAAGAGAAAAAAUAUUUACGAGCAAGAUAAAUAAGUGGCAAAAGAUAAAAGUGAGAAUAAAUAAAAAAAAAUGGACGUGAAAUUUAAAGUGUGAGAAUGAUUAUUAUAGUCACUGUUAUGCUUUAAUGUAUUUUUAGCAAUUCUAACUAUUCGAAUUAAAGAAAACAAUAUUGUGUUACUAGUUAAAUAUUUCUCAUUGCAUCGUCACUAAAUGCUAUCAUUGUUUUUUUUCUUUUUUUUUAAUCAUACUGACUUGAUUAUCUUUUUAUUAUAAUUAUUCUUGAGUUAUCGAGCUUUACUGUCUUGCACCAUUGUUCAUUUAUAAAAGUAUAUUCCUAUGCAAAAAUUACAUGCCACGUUCUUAUGGAAUUUCAUCAUUUUUGGCGCUUAAUUCAAUUUUUUAUGUAAAAGAUCGUUUUUUAAACUUUUCAUUGUAUAAUUAAUAGAUAAAAUAUUUUACUUAUUAUAAAUAUACAGGAACUGAACUCGAAUAUGUUGGAAAAAGGAUUGUAUUAUGAAUUGAGAGAAUGAAUUGUAUGAGUUGGGAAAGCAAAUUAAGAAAAUUCAAUUAAAGGAAUAAAAUCAACGCCGGGCUAUAAAAACCGAAAUGAUUUAUUUUUAUUCAAAAUUUUUAAAUACGAGUGAGUUUUAAGGAGUAAAUUUUAUUAUAAUUAUUUUACAAAUAAUUGGCAAUUAUUUUGUUGAAUUGUAAUUUAAUGUUUUUUUUAGUCCCAUAAAACUGUUUGUGCCGCAGUAAAUUUAUUAAAAAAAAUUGUACAGUAAUUGCAACAGUAUAGUUUAGAUUAAGAUAAAUGAAGAAGCAUCAGUAAAAGUUUGACACCGAAAAAUUCGAGCGACUGCUAGUAAUAACUGAUAAUUAAAUGCAAAUUGUAUGAAAGCAUGCGAGAGAAAAUGAUAUAAAUAAAAUGAGAGUGUAAGAAUAAGAGAGAAAGAGAGAGAGAAUAUACAGAAUGAAAAAAAGUUAUGCAUUGUUUCUAUUGAAGUGUGUACGAGAUUGAAUAUUAUGUGAGAAUUAAUUUUAAGACAAAAAAUGAAAAAACUUGAAUUAGAGUUCUUGAUACUUCGACAAUGGAAUGUUGUACCGAAUCAAGUAAUCCAGAGAAGUCUGUUUUUAAUGACAAGAUUUCGAGAGAAUUCAUAAAGACUGAUUAGAUAACAAACUAAAAUCAGUGAUGAACGGAAUGGAACAAUGUGAGUCGUGAAAACGAAAAUUAAUAUUGAUUAUUGAUUACGUUUCUAAGGCUUUCUGAAAAUGGAUGUAAUGUUCGCCUAUUUCUUAUUAUUUUUAUUUCUGUCUCCCCAUUUUUAAUUAAAUUUAAUUCGUUAAUUUUAAGCGUUAAAAUGUUCUUCUCUAAAAAGAAAUAUUUUAAAUAGACUAAUUUAAAUGCUUAAAUUAUUAUACAAUUAUUGUUAUUUUUGGUAUUUAAAAGGAUUUUUCUAAUGUGCUAUAAAAACAUGAAAGAUAUGAUAUAUUAUAAAAAUUGAGAAAUGAUAUAAUUACUUUCAAGACAAAAUUGAGAGCUAAAUUUAAAUUUAAUAAUCUUGAAAUGAAUGGAAUAAAUUAGAUUUGGCGUGAUGCAACUUUGUGGACGGAUAUUUUUAUUUUAAUCUCUGAUAAACAUUUUUCUUCCAGCUUCUAUUCGAUUUAUAUCUUAAUUAUUUAAAUAGAAGUUUGAUUCUUGCAUAAAAGAAAAAUAAUCGAUAUUAAAUCAAUAUAAAGUUAAUUAAUAUAUGUUUAUGGAAAUUUUAUAAAUUAUUAAAUCUAUCAAUAAGUCCUUGCAACUAAUUUUUUCAGGGGUAUUUAUUGAUCAAUAUUUACUGCAGCUAAACAAAAAAAGACACUCAAUUAAGUAUUAUUAUUACUAUAUUUUUUUAGAAAGCUCAGAAUAAAUUGGAAAGUACUCUAAAUGAAUUUUGAGAAAUCUGUAAUGACUUAUUGAUAAAUUCAAUAUGAAAAAAAAGAAAAAAAAAUAUUAUUGAAAAAAUGCGCAGUAAGUGAUAAUAAUUAAGACAAAAAUGAAAACUGAUUACAAGAAAAAAUUCUGCGCAAGUAUCAGCUUCAUUUGGAACACACGAAACUAAUAUAACACUAAUUAUAAAUCAUAACGUAAAAUUUAUUUAGGUAUUAUGAUACGAAUAGCAUCAAAAUAAUGAUAUUAAAAGUCUUGCCAGUUGUCAUGCAGCUGGACUGCUUUAUAUAUUUCUUCGAAGAAAAAUUAUUAUUCCGAAAUUCGUUUAAGUAGUCGCUCAGUCAAAGACAUACAUAAAAUUCAAUUAAAUCAACAGUUAAAUUAAUUCAAUUAAACAACUAAAAUUACACAUUCGCACGUCAGUCUACGCCAACCAGGAACUCAUUGUAAAAGAAAAUCAAAUAAGAUUAAUAAAAAUAAAAAUACCUCUUUA